ACGAGGCCAGGAGGACAGGCCACAGCGGGUUGUUUACAUGUAUUUUCCUACUAAUUUGUAGCUGGUCCAGGUACUGUGUGGCGAGGACGCAGGUGAGAAUGUCCUUAAAACCUCGUGCAGUAAACUUUGACGAGGUCUGGGGCGGCUUGCUGGAGACAGUCCAGCAGGUGGUCACCAUGGGCUCCAUCAAGCGCACUGUGUGGAAUGAGCGUUUCUCCGACGUGUACUCCCUGUGUGUGGCCUUCCCAGAGCCCCUGGUGGAGCGCCUCUACAUGGAGACCAAAAAGCUUCUGGAGAGCCACGUCCGGGAGCUGUAUGCACGGGUGAGCAAACAGAGAGAAGAGAACCUGCUGGCAGAGUACCAUCGUUAUUGGCUGCAGUUCAGCAAAGGCACCCACUACCUCAACAAUCUCUAUUCCUACUUAAACUCACAGCACAUUCAGAAGCAGAAAUUCAGUGAUGCAGACCUGACAUAUGGCUCAAUGCAGAUGGAUGUCUCAGAGCAGCUGCUGGAGAUUGGGGAGCUUGGACUGGAGAUUUGGCAGAGAGAGAUGAUCACACCCCUGCAGAGCCGCCUGGUGGGUGUGCUCCUGGCAGGGAUCCAGCAGGACCGGCAGGGUGCCACCACCGAUGCCCCAACAUCCACUAUCCGUGGUGUUAUCCAUUCUUUUGUAGAUGUCAACAUGUACAAAAAGAAAUCCACAUUACAGUUGUAUGAGACAGUGUUUGAGGAAGAGCUGUUGAGGGAAACAGGCUCAUUCUAUCGCAAGGAGGCAUCAUCACAACUGCAGGAGUGCAAUGUGUCUCAAUACAUGGAACGUGUCAUUGCCCGCCUGGCAGAGGAGGAGCUGCGUGCUACCAAGUUCCUUCCUCCAAGUUCCCACAAACGAGUGGUUAAAGAAGUGCAGGACCGCAUGGUAGCUGACCACUUGGCUACAGUGCAUGCAGAGACAGGUGCUAUGGUGUGCUCAGAGCGCACUCGUGACCUCUCUAACAUGUACACUCUCCUUCGGCCUGUGCCUAAUGGCCUCACUCAACUUGUGCAUCACCUUAAGGAACACAUCAAGCAGCAGGGUCUCCAGGCCAUCACUAACCUUAAAGGUGACAAUAUUCCAGCCCAGUUUGUGGAAAGUUUAUUGGAGGUACACAAGAAAUAUCGUACCAUGAUCUCUGAGGUGUUCCAUAACGACCAGCAGUUUGUUGGUGCUCUGGAUAAAGCCUUUGAAAGUGUUGUCAACCACAGAGGCAAUACAAAGGUGGUGUGUCGCUCCCCAGAGCUCUUGGCCCGAUACUGUGAUACGCUGCUCAAAAAGUCAACCAAGGGGCUGAAUGAGAGUGAGGUGGACGACAAGCUUGGACACAGCAUUACCAUCUUCAAGUACGUGGAUGACAAGGAUGUGUACCAGAAGUUCUAUGCACGGAUGCUGGCUAAGCGACUCAUCCAGCAGCAAAGUCAAUCCAUGGACUCAGAGGAGAACAUGAUUAACCGCCUAAAGCAAGCGUGUGGCUACGAGUACACCAGCAAGCUACACCGGAUGUUCACUGAUAUGUCUGUCAGUUCAGACCUCAAUCACAAGUUCAACGAUUUUCUCAAGGGCAAGAAUAUCGAGCUGGGAAUAAAUUUUUCCAUAAAUGUUCUCCAGGCUGGUGCUUGGCCUUUGGGUCAGACCUCCAUCACCCCCUUCGCGGUUCCUCAGGAGCUGGAAAAGUCUGUACAAACGUUUGAGAGGUUCUAUCACAAGCAUUUCAAUGGGAGGAAAUUAACAUGGCUUCACCAUUUAUGUCAAGGGGAGCUGAAGGUGAGCCAGAGCAAGAGGACCUACCUCAUCACCAUGUCAACCUUCCAGAUGGCCAUGUUGCUCAUGUUUGAGAAGGUGGACAGUCUCACAUGUCAGGAGUUGCAGACUCACACACACCUCAAUGAUGAACAGUUCACCAAGUUCCUGCAGAGUUUGUUGGACAGCAAGCUUCUACUUACUGAUGCCGAGAAUCUGGAUGAAGAGACGGUGGUGCGACUCAACACAGAGUACACAAAUAAGCGGACCAAAUUCAAGAUCAGUGUGGCACCACAGAAAGAGCAGCAGCAUGAGACUGAACAGACACAUUCUGCUGUAGAGGAGGACCGCAAGCUGUACCUACAAGCAGCUAUAGUGAGGAUAAUGAAGGCACGCAGGCUGCUCAAGCACACCAUGCUGAUACAGGAGGUCAUCAGUCAGUCCCGGGCAAGGUUUGCACCACAAAUCCCGAUGAUCAAGAAGUGUAUAGAGCUACUCAUUGACAAGCAGUACUUGGAACGCACUCCAAACUCCACUGAUGAGUACAGCUAUGUCGCCUAAGUCAUAAGUUAUCUAGUUGUUUAUAACCAAUUUGUGGCCAAGCCAAGCCAAGCCGAGCCUGUGCUGCUUACCAAUAAGAAAAGCUGUUUUUUUCUACACAAAUGUAUAAUUCAGGUAUACCCAAAUAUCUUGAAGGGCAGGCAUUCACAGGUGACAUCAAGGCUGCACUCUGUUGUGAGGCUUGUACAGUAUGUUGCCAGUUUGAAAAUUAAUUUUGUACAUUGAAUUAGGUGUUGGCCUUUAUUCGUCUCACAUACAGGUGUGUGUACAUAUGCAGAGCUCCAGCAUUCUUGGCCAGAUGUGUAAAUAGCCUUCAUAGGCAUAUGAUGGUGUAGUUGGUGUGGGUUGUCUGUUUCUGCUUGUCUGAAGGCUGGGCUCUCCUCCCCUCCCCCCCUCCAUGAGCUGGGUACCUCCACCUCAGUGGCAUCCCAGGCUGCCCAGUGAGGCUCAGACACCCACACAGCCUGGCUGUUAUCCAGGUUGGGGUGUAAUAUUGUAUAAUGGUUAAGUCUUUCAUUCUUAAGUCCAGCAUUUUAUUUUUUUUUUAUAGUUGUAUUUAAAAGUAACAUGUGAAUGUUUAUUAUCAUGCUGUGCCUUUUUUAUUUUUUAUGUAUCUGUCAGGCACUGUACUUGAUGGGAUCCUGCUAUGUGGGAUUGCCAAAGUUUGAAUCUCAUAUGCUUUGUAAUUUCAUGAUGAAACUCUAGCCACUUCCUGCCCAGUGGUGAGCUGCUUCUUGACUGAUCCAGUUGCUGCUCAUUUCACUUUCUGUGUGAGGAAAAAUAGGAAGAGGAUUAAUAUGACAUUUAUUCAUUAAUGACUUGAAAGCAGUGUUGUCUGUAUUACAUGGCUACAUCGAAACUAAUUUUGUUGCAGGAGUUUGUAUCUGUAUCUUUCUUUAUAGGAAUCGUUCUUUUGUAAAAAUUUUUAAUGGGUCCUGGAAUUUUUUAUCACAUGUAUGAUGUCUGUUCUAGACAUAGGAAUCUAACAUCAUUAGUGCUGGUAAGAUUUGAUCACUCAGAAUGUAAAUAUGCUCUGUACAGUAAUUGGUGACAAAGUACUCGGUAAUGUGAACCCAGAUUAUGUAAAACUAAGCUACAAUAGUUAACAAAAGGAAGGAAGGUAAAAAGAUUGUAAAGUAUAAAGUAUUGUUAUCACUGACAACCUACACAAAAUAAGCCCUGCCCAUGUGAUAAUGUCACUCAUGGUUCCACCAGUCAUGCCAAUUUUUCCAUAGCACAAGCACAACAAAGUAUUGCACUACAACUUUCAGUUGAUAUUAUUUUUUGGUUUCUUUCCUAAAUUGUCAGUUGCUUGCUUACAUCUACCAUGAUAUGUAACACUUAAACAUUACUGGUAUUUAUAACUAAAGUAAUUACCAGUGGAAGUACAUACUUGUUAUUGGGAUACACGGAUGGUCAUGCACCUCUUUUGUAGAAGGCCAACGUCAUUCUGAUCAAUAUUGAUGGAAAGUUUAAGGGUAAAGAUUUGUUGUGUUUGUGCUCAUUGAGAAAUAGCAUGAUUGGUGGAAGCAUGAGGGUACAUCAUUGAAUAGGCAUAGCUUAUUUUGCCUGUGCUGGCCAUGGCAACUAUAGGUGUGGUGAAGAAAGACCGAAAAUGUUACUCAAAGGUCAGUUUUAAAUAGUGUGGAAGCUCAACGUGUGUGCUCUUGCCACUUUACUGAACAGAAGCUUGAAGGUAGACAGUCUGAUAUAAAUGAUACAAAGAUGUGUUGCUUCACUUUCAGUAUCAUGCAAGUUUGGUCAUGCUUUUGCAGUUGUAGAAUUUAUUUUUGAUGUCAAAAUUAUUAAAUUGCAUCAUCAGCUGCAGCCCACUUGGACCAGUCAUUUGCAGCAGCUUGAAUUUAGUGUUGUCAAUCAUUAA